ACUAGAUAGUCCUGCACUAAGUAGUUUUUUAGUAGUGAGGGGUUAAGGAGGGAAUUCGUACAUAGCCUUUGUGCCUCCAUCCUGACUCUCAGAGGAGAGCAGCUGCUGUCCAAACAGUUCAAGGUGCAAACUCCUCACACCUCCCAGCUGCUCCGGCACACUUUUUCCACUUUACCUUAAAAUAAUCCAGCACAACAGAACUAUUGUUUUAUUUAGUAGUAGUAUCUGAAGGGAACUGGAAGUCCUUGUGGUGCGAGGAUGAGGAGGGUUCUGACUCAGACCUGGUUCGGGUCCUGUCAUAGAAGGGUCACACUCCCAGGCUGCAGGAGUCCACCACACGCUGGAUCUGUGUCGAUUUUUAAGCCUGCAGCAGGGUCACACUUUGCCCAGAAGCGUGCCAGUUUCCCAUGGGACCCCCUGACCAGGGGUGUCACUCCUGCUCCCAGAGCCCUGAGAACCCUGAGGUGAGCGCUGGAGGUGCAACCUCACACCUCCUACCACAUAAAUGCAGCACAUCCCACUCUCUGGAAAGACUGGAGUCAGACCUCUGCAGCUUCCAACAGCCAUGGAGAUGUCCUUCUGCUUCCCCCUUCAGUUCCAGGAGAACCUCUUACCGUUCGACUGCGGGGAGAAACCUCUGGAUCCGUCCUCCGACGCUGGCUACCACAGCGCCGCCAGCAGCCUGUCUCCCACCUCCUCUGUGGACUCCUGCUUCUCCCCUGCCUCCCUGCAGGCUGUGGGGACUGAACAAGACGUGCUGGAGCGUUUUCUCUUCUGCAGUCCAGCAGAUCUCCAUCUCAGCUGCCAGACAGGGCCAGCCUGCAGCCCGUCCUCUGCCAGCAGCCCCACUGCAAAGAAAUCCAGGUCCAGGUAUCCGGGGAAGAAGCGCCAGACUGCCAGCGAGAGGGAGAAACUGAGGAUGAGGGAUCUGACCAGAGCUCUUCAUCACCUCAGGACGUACCUGCCUCCAUCCGUCGCUCCCGCAGGUCAAACCCUGACCAAGAUCGAGACGCUGCGCCUCACCAUCCGAUACAUCUCCUACCUGUCAGCCAAGCUGGGCCUCAGCGAGGAGGUGCUGGAGCAGAGGAGAUCCCUGGAGCCCAUCCGAGACAUCGGGCACCUCCAAGGUCAGCCGAGAGCUGAGAGAACACGCCACAGCACCGUGACCCAGCAGAGUUCCUCCUCACGGCACUCCAGCGAGGCUUCAGGCGGAGUUCAGUUCUGGAUGGAGCAGCAGGAUCCAACUGGGAUCUUCUCAGGACAGGGUUGA